AUGGUCUACAUUUAUGUAUUCAGCACAUUAUUAUUCUUAAAUGUAAACUCUCAGCUACUUGAAAAGGAUUAUUCACCGCUUCUAGAUGUAACAAGUCCUUCAAAUCCAGGGAUCUAUCUGAGGUUGAUGCCCACAGGAUUGGCAUAUUUGCGUGAGAUCGGCGUGAAGGUGGUGAACGAGCAAAUUCUCCACCUAUCACUGCCGACCAUUCGCGAACGAAUCGAGAAUGGCGAGGUUUCUAUUUACGGUGCACAUAUUUCGAAGUAUUGGCCACCACAGGAAUAUUCAUUAGACCUUAUAGAGCCGAAUAUGUUCCAAUGGGCUAUGUCAAAAAUGCAUAUUAGAGCUGGCGGCGAAUUUCAAGCCUCACUUGUGAAUCCAUUACUUCCUACCGUGCCGAUUAUAGGGUACUUCGAAGUGCUACUUGGUCACGUGGCACUUAUGAUUUCAGUUCAAUUGGAAAGGUAUACCUCCGGUUCGCCACAAGUUCGAUCGGCGCACUGUCAAUCGGCAAUCGGCUACGUUGAUUUGAAUGUCCGCAAUACUGGUGUCAUUACGGAUUUCUUCAUUAACGCUUUUAAAGCGUUCGUUAUCGCGAAUUUUAAACCGCAAGUGGAGCAUCGAAUGUGUUCGAUGAUUGAGUCGAUUAUCAACCAGGAUAUGAAUCGAAUACUUAGCACUAUGCCACUGAAGGUCCGAAUCAACGAGAAUAAUCUGAACAUUAUUGGCCAGACAUUUGGAAUAGUAAAGCCGAAGAGCAUCAUUGGUCAGAACGGAUUGAGAAACUUUACACUGAUACAUUUCGUGGAAAAUCUUCGAGAACAGAAUCUUUUGCUCGACUAUCAUCUCACUGUUGAUCCUUUCGUACAAAAUGGUGCCAUUGCGAUUCUGGCCAGAGGUGAAAUAUCAUGGCGAGGUAAUGGCGGUACACCUUUCAAUCCACCAAACGUCAAGAUUCCUUUCCCACAUGGUGUGCAUAUGGCCGAGUUCUUUGCUACCGAUUACAUAGCUAAUUCAAUGCUUUAUCAUGCCUAUAGACAACAUCUAAUGGACGUUGUCGUUGGUCCAGAGAGCAGUCCACAGUUAAAGGAUCUCCUAUUCACAUCGUGUAGUUCCACCUUCUGUAUCGGCGAACAUCUUGGCACUCUUGGUGAACAAUAUCCUGAUAGAGAGGUUGAGAUCGUCUUCACUGCGAGAAGGGCACCGUUGAUUGUUUUCAUUGAGAAUCGUGCCAGAUUUAGACUUCACGGACGGAUGAACAUGUAUGUAAGGCCGAGUAACGAAACGCAAGUAAAAGAGAUGAUUAUUCGAUCGGAUACAACAAUGACGGCGAAUGUGAAUAUGUGGUUAAAUGGUACACGAAUCAUUGGCAACGCUACCAUUGAGAAUCUCGACUUCAGACUAUUAGAAACAAAGAUCAAAGACGUCGACCAAGCGUCGUUCGGUGAUUUGGGAUUGUUUGGAGCCGAAUUCCUCGAGAAACUGCUCACUGAAAUUCUUCAGCUUGGCAUUACCAUGCCCACCAUGUUGGGCGUGCAGCUGAAGAGCCCACGACUCACGUUUCACGAACGUUAUCUGCGAGUGCAAACAUACUUCAAAUUGGACGAACGCUUCACCAGCGAUCUUUUCCAAAAAGCUGUACGAGAGACGUUAAGUCAUGUCGGUUAA